AUGCCUCAGGAACCGUCAGUUACUAAUGAAGAAGCUAAAGAAGCCACAAGCGAAAUCUCAAUUUUCCAUGAAAAUGUAUUGGAAGGCGCAGUAGCUUCAGCUGCACUUCCUGAAAGUGUUUCGAUAUCUUCUACACCACCAACCAUUGGUGAUUCUGAUCAGAAAGCCCCGUCAAAGCCAUCAUCUGUUCAUACAGUGGCGGAAACGGAAAUAAGUGUUCCCACUACUGCUGCACUUCAAGGGCUAAAUUGCGAAACAUCUCCAGUUCAAGUUCAAGCCUCAGUUAAAGCUGCAGUCCCAGUCAAUGAAUCUACCUGGAAGCCUCAGGAUACUACACAGCAGCCUGUUUCGACAGAGCUUUCCGCAGCGACUCCGCUGAACUCAGAGCCGAUGUCUAUUGCAACAUCCAUUGUUUCAUCCUGUACAGCUCAUACUGGACCAUCUCAGCAAACGCAAGUGAAAAACAUCAGCAUUAAGUCGCCUAAGAAGAAAGUUUCUUCUAAAGCUGUGGCUCAGACAGAAAAAACUACCCCAAACUCUAACCAAGUACCGUCGGAUCUAGUUGCCAGUGAAGUAUCAACAGUGCCCAAUAUGACGCCCGAAAACUCGCCUUCAAGUCUUCAAAUGCAAGAAAAACACCAGGCUAGUUUCCAUUACUUAUGUUGA